UGCCUGCACUACUAGACUGUGCACAGCCCUGAGCUCUCCGGCUCUGCUCAGUCUGUCUCUUCUCUGCUGCACAGGAUCAAGGUCUCUAUCUGUCUCUUCCUCUUUUUCUUGUCUGUCCAGCUGUCUCUCUCUCUCUCUGCCUUGCACACAGUCAUUUCUCUCCCACCCUUGACCCAGUCUUACCAGCUCUGCUGAGCACUGUGCACACUGAUCUACAGAAGAAGAAGGAGCAGCAGCAACAGAACCAGCACUAACCCAGGCAAGCAAGGCAAUUCCCGGACCCCCCUAUACUCCAGAAUGACGGAAGUGAUGAAUACGUGUGAACCUGGGAUGGAAGAAUUUACACUAAGUGUAACCGGGGCCGAAGGACAGGCUGUUCAGAUAUUCCCAGACUCGCAUGACAAGCACCCUAAGCUGACAAAGAGGUUACCAUCCAUAGUAGUGGAGCCCACGGAAUCUGGCGACGUAGAGAGUGGAGAACUCCGUUGGCCUCCAGAGGACACCUCACCCACAGAUGACAAGCGAGAGGCAAAGCCAUGCCAAGGAUGUUCAGAUGUUGAAAGUGCCGCCCGUUCGGCUCACGAAGACGAACAUUACGCCGGAUGCAGAGCGGGGGGGAACAGCGCAAAUUAAAAAAGCCUUAAAUAUC